UGUGAUCUGAUCUAGUAACAGUGUGAAAGAGUGAUUGUGGGAGGUGUAUCUGAUCUGCUCUUCCAAAAAGAGAAGUAUUGCCAACCACGAAUUGACGUUGACACAUUUAAAUCGACCAAUCUCUUUUCUGACACUUCGUUUUAGCCGAAAGGUGAAUAUUGCGGGCUUACACCACUAUAUAUACACCUGCACAAGUACAUCCAUCUCACACAGACAGUGGUCAGACACUGCUUGCCUUGUCUGAAGUUCACGCUCAAACAUACAAAAUGAUCUCCCUGGAUAAUGACAUCAACCAGCACUUCCAGGAUGCAAUUGAUGUGAUUCAACGGCACUCUGACGAUCCGUAUUGUGAUACAGAGUAUAAGUACUUUGAGCCUCCAACGCGAUCAGGCAUAAUGUGCUGCUACCCCAUCACCCACCCUUCUGAUGUGCCAGGUCCAUAUGACUGGAAUGAGCAGACGUCAUGGCCUCAUGUUGUUCCUUACGACUCACUGGGUCCAUCUGUAACUGUGGAGUACCCCCAGUUCUACUCCAUUGCACCGCCACCGAGGAGCGGCAAAGGUCGCAAGAAGCUGCGUCUUUAUGAGUACCUGCAUGAGGCUCUGGGCGAUCCCAACAUGGCUGACUCCAUCCAGUGGACGGACCGUGGCAGCAGCACCUUCCACUUCAUUUCCAAGAACAAAGAGAAGUUGGCCGAGUGCUGGGGCAAGCGCAAGGGCAACCGCAAGACCAUGACCUAUCAGAAGAUGGCACGGGCGCUGCGCAACUACAGCCGAACGGGCGAGAUCGUAAAGGUGCGCCGCAAACUCACCUACCAGUUCAACCCGUCGAUCAUCCAGAGGCUUGGGGGCAUCAGUCACGUCAUUCCCCCUGCCGGGCACCCCGAGGCUGGCCACCCUGGGCGGGAGGUGCUCCUCCACCAGCAGCAUGCCCCAGCUGAACAGGCUUACUAUGGCUCUGCUGCUGCACCUGACUGGCACAGCUGGUAUGAACAUUACUCCCUCCAGGGAGACUGUGAUCUUGCCACAAGUUUCACUUCAUCCACAGUCACCAAGGUAUGAACUCAGGUAAUGUCACUGUGGGAAAAUAACAGAGGUUAAAAGCUGCUUUAGCUAGCUGUCAAUUCAUACUGCUACUCCUGCAUACUUCUGAGGGGGCCUACAACUGGGCCUUGUUAUGCAGCCAUUGUGUUAUGGGGGUCAGGAAACGUAACAGUCAUGGUAAAGAACAUUUCAAAAUGUUUACUCUCCGUUAAGUCAGCACCUUUUGCCAUUUAAAUUUUUUUAAUGACCAUUGAUCAGGUAUUGUGGAUCAUUGAAUAUGUAAAUAAUGAAAAUAUAUUCACUUUUUUUUUUUACCUAUGAGAACUGUGAACCAGUUAUAAGCCUUCGGUGUGGGUACUGUACAUGUAAAGGGAAAGAAUUACAAUGUUGGUUUCAAAUACGAACAUGUAUUACUGCAUGUCAUUUUGUAAAUAAUGAAUUGAAAUCCAUUGAUGUAUUUUAAUAAAUAACUUUUGUAUAAUUUGUA